AUGGAUCGUGGACGGAAGCAUAUUUUGCCCGUCAAUAAAUCGCUGGAUUCUGCUCUGAAGAAGAACACUGCAUUUAUCAAACGUCUCCGAACCGGGAUCACCGCUUCUGCCCAACCUACGUUCCUCACCGAGAUUCGUACCCUUUCGUUACAUAAAUACCUUUCGGAGAUUAUAUCCGCACUCUAUGAGGGUACUUGCAAGCUGAAAUCUCCUGGAGAAAUUGCAGCAGGAGUAGAAAUUGCAAGCGCACUCCACCAACGUUUCGGCCCCAACGAAUUCACAAAGCAGUUCGGCUGGCUUUUGGGUCGUGGUAUGAGCACUCCGGAUAAGGCGCAACUGAAAGCUUGGUCUGCGGAUGUACGCGAAAGAGAAGAGAAAGAACGGCUUGUCCGUCAACGCGUUCUGCUUCGCGUCGUGACGGAACUAUGGUUGGUGGGCGUUUUGCGCACCCUAGAUGAUGUGGAGCGACCUGAGGAUCUGGGAGCAAAGGGGAAAGAUGGAGCACCGACUGCGGGUAGCAAGGUUUCUGAUGGUCAGUUGAAGGGUAGACAGCACCAAGUCCCGCCUAAGCCCGGCCAGGAGGCGGACCCAUUCCCUCUAGAGGUUAUCAAGGACCUUCUUGGCUAUGAUCGCGAACACCAAAACCUUCCACUAGCGGUUUUGUUCGCUAAAAAUUAUUAUUGGGAUAUUAUGGGCAUUAAGAGAGUCGAUGGGAGCAGAAAGAGUGUCGAUGAGUCGGGUAGCAAGGAAGUUCAUGAGACCUCCGGCGACGAGUCCACAACCAACAUUGACUCAGCGGACGAUCCACCUUUGAUAUCCGAUGAAAAGUUACAGACACGGUUCAGAAACAUUAUGGGCAAAUACUUGGAAGAUGUGAAGAAGCAUGUUAUUCGUGACCACAAGGCCCUCGCGAUGCUAAGCCGGCGCAAUGCGGAAGCAUAUGUGAAGAGUGGAGAGAUCCUGGAAGACCGACAAUCAAAUUUUGAGAAACAAUCAAAGGCGCAAGAGAAGCUAGUGACGAACACCCAGACUCUUUGUGACAUUCUGGGCUCAGAUAUGCCUGACUUGGCGGAAAAGGAAGCGUUAGACAGUCUUAGCAGCGGAACUAUUGGCCUUGUGAAGACUGGUGAAUACCUACGCGGACAAGGUGAAGGGCCAGGUAUCUGGGAAGACGAAGAAGAACGUCGCUUUUAUGAAAACCUGGUGGAUCUUAAAGGCAAAGUCCCAGCAGUCUUACUUGAAGACGGCAAAAAGAAGAAAGGUGAAGGUGAUGAUCAGGCCAGAAAUAAAACUGAUGCAGAACUCGCAAAUGGUGCCACCUCUGAAUCCAAAGCCGAAGCCCUUGCACAAACUGCCGAUAUCACAACUCGGGAAACCGACGAUCAGUCUACCGCAAUUGUCAACAAGACUGUUGGCGCUCAAGUAGACGCCUUGCUUGCCAAACUCCCGGAACUCCAAAACAAAGAUGCUGUUGACCAGUUAGCCUUGGAGUUUUGUUUCCUAAACUCCAAGGCUUCCCGCAAUAGAUUUAUAAAAGCUGUGCAAGAGGUUCCGAAGGGCCGUACGGACCUACUCCCUUUGUACGGGCGGUUAGUUGCCACUUUAGGGCAAUAUCUCCCGGAUAUUCCUCAGGGCUUGAUCGCUUAUCUCGAUGAAGAAUUCCGUAGCCUCCAGCGUCGCAAGCAGAAGGAGUUCCUUGGACAAGUGCGAACCAGCAACAUUCGAUAUCUUGCUGAACUUACAAAAUUUGGCGUUGUGCCCGAGCAUGUCAUAUUCCACUGUUUCAAAGUCAGCCUUGAUGACUUUUCCAGAAUGAAUAUCGAAAUCAUAGGCAACUUGCUUGAGAACUGCGGUCGCUAUUUACUUAGGAAUCCAGAGACCUCGCCCAGGAUGGCGUCCUUCCUCGAAACUCUUGGGCGAAAGAAGGCGGCACAACAUUUGGGACAGCAGGAGCGGAUGGUCCUUGAAAACGCGAUGUACUAUGUUGAUCCUCCUCCCAGACCCGCUAUUCAACAGAAAGAGCGCACCCCGAUGGAAUUGUUCGUGCGAAAACUCGUUUAUCUUGAUAUGAACAAGCGCAAUUAUCCGAAAAUACUGAAAUCUAUUCGAAAAUUGCAUUGGGAAGAGCCAGAGGUUGUCCACAUAUUGGAGAGUGUAUUCGGCAAGCCUGCCAAAGUCAAAUAUGGGAAUAUUCAUUUACUGGCCCUGCUUGUCAGCGCUCUCUAUCGCUAUCAUCAAGAUUUCGUUAUUGAUAUUAUCGAUAAUACACUUGAACGGAUCACACUUGGCCUGGAACAAAACGACUUCAAGUUUAACCAAGAGCGAAUUGCUGAUGUAAAGUAUCUUGGAGAGCUUUACAACUAUAAAAUGGUUGAUUCGCCGGUGAUAUUCGACACGUUAUAUCGUAUUGUUACCUUUGGGCAUGAAGGCGGCACUCCCGUUCCAGGAAAAAUCAGCCCGUUAGAUUUACCUGAUGAUUUUUUCCGCAUUCGUUUAGUUUGCACUAUGCUUGAGACUUGUGGGGUUUGUUUUGAUCGAGGAAAUGCUAAAAAGAAACUCGAUUUCUUUUUGACUUUCUUUCAGUAUUACAUUCAUACCAAGGAUCCUAUGCCAAUGGACAUAGAAUUCCUUGUGAACGAUACUUACGCCCUGACACGCCCUCAAUGGAAGUUUGCAACUGAUUUGGAAGAAGCAGGCCACUUAUUCGGGGAAGCAGUAGCUCAAAACUACAAGGUCCAAGAUGCUAACAAGACAGCGGAACCCGAAGAUGAAGGCGAGAGCUCCUCGUCAGAGGAUGAGCUCGAGGAUGAUGGAGAGGGUGAAGAAGAUCAAUCUUCUAGCGAAGAGGCUGACGCGGCUGUUGAUAACACUGAUCAAGAUGCGGAAGCCGAAUCAGAUGAAGAAGAGCAAAUAAUUGUCACCCGACAAGAAGAGGAGCGUGACCCAGAAGCUGAAGCCGAGUUUGACCGUGCUUUUGAAAAGAUGAUGGCCGAAAGUAUGGAGUCUCGUAAAUUUGAACGCAAAACGAUGUUUGACGUACCACUGCCAAUGAGACGUACCACUCGCGAACCCACCGCAGCCGAGGAGGGAGAAAGCCACCCAGCAGCACCGAAUAUGAUGGCAUUUUCUUUAAUGACCAAACGUGGUAACCGACAACAGACACGCACCAUUGACCUCCCUUCAGAUUCUAGCUUUGCGAUAGCCAUGAGAUCUCAGCAACAAGCUGAGCGUGAGGAACAGCAGCGCAUCAAGAGUCUAGUCUUAAAUUAUGAUCUUGGAGAUGACAAUGACAUCAAUGAUGGCAGCGACAAACGAAAUUCCUCCAAGCCUGAGAAAGGGAGCACAAGCCGGGGAUUCCGUGCUCGUAAAUUACAACUCAGUGAUGUCGAUUGGUAG